AAACAUACUUUUGUAAAAACAAUAUUCCACCCAUGAUCAGUUUAACUCCGUACAAUUUUCAACCAAUAUUCCAUCGUUUUAUGGUGGUAUAUAGGUGCAUGCAAACUGUGACAGACUCUGUAACUUUCGUUCUGUCCUGUCUUUGCUGUCAAUGCUGGGAACCCAUGCCACUUUCCCAAUCGUCAGGCGGAUACACCUUUUACGCUGAUGUCAAUGUAACGCCAGAGCAAAAGCUCGACACGGGUCGAGCAUGUGGUGAACCACUAAAGGCGCAGCACCUAGUGAUUAACUUUACACCUGACCGCGAUGAUUCAAUCGAAGUGCAGCAGAAAAUUCAGAAGUUCUGGAACCUCGUAGAUCAAUCAUCAGAGUUGGGGACAUUUUUGGAACCACCGUUUGAGCCAGAUGAUUCAACGACAGCAGCAACCAGCAAGGCUUCACACAAAAGUCUUCGGUCACUUAAAUCUAACCAUUCGUAUACAACUAAAACUAGCAAGGAAUACCCAGAAGUACAUAUUUUGAGGACUUUGGAUACAAAGGGAAAAUCAAAAACCUAGUAAUGAAGGACUUGUAAUGACUGUUUAUUUACGUUUUUUUAAAUGUAUUUAAGUGUUUCUUUGUAUGUGUUUAUUGUUAAUUUAUAAACUAUUUUGAGAUACAAUUUGAUGUAUUAAUUUAA